UGGUAUUCUUCUCAGCGUAUUGUGAAUUAGGGUCUCAGAGUUUCUACCAAUUUGAAAGAAUUAGUGAACAUAAUCUGAUCAGUAACUAUGACGGGAGAGAAUAUUCCGAUCAUUUUGGAGCCGGGGCCAGAACUGAACGGUGGGACGUCGUCAACAGUCACCGGUGGGAUUCAUGAAGUUAAGGAGUUUCAGAACAGUGUAGAGAUCGAUGAACUCGCCCGUUUCGCGGUUGCUGAAUACAGCAAGAAACAAAAUAAGAUUGUUGAGUUUGAUAAGGUGGUGAAUGCAAAGGAACAGGUGGUUACUGGUAUUAUUUACUAUCUCACUAUUGAGGUAGUUGAAGAUGGUAAGAAGGUGAUCUAUGAAGCCAAAGUCUGGGUGAAACCAUGGAUGAACUUCAAGGAGGUGCUGGAGUUCAAGCUCGUUAGUGGUUCUUCAGCCUAGUUUACUUCCACCGACCUUGUUGCUAAGCAAGUUUGAUCAUUCUCUAAAUAAUUUGGUAGAGAGAUACCUUGUAGAAGACAAUAAUGUAAAGGUCUUAUACAAUAAGCCAUGAUAGAUUUUCUGUAAAUAUUAUAUAAUUUCAUAUUUUAUAAUAAUAUUUUCAUAUCAAUAAUAAGUGUCAUUCUCGAAAUGAUUAUUUAUAAAACUUUUCAAAUGUUGUUCCUGA